CUAAAAUACAGAAAUUUUGAUACAAAAAUUUCCUCCCAUUAAGUUUCCUUGGCAAAUAGGAAUUCUACAUCAAACAGGUUUAGGAUUUACAAACCCCACAGUUUUUUUUUCCCCUAUAAAUACCCUCUCUUUAGUCUUCCAUACCAUUUAAAAUCUCUGUUUGAUUUCGUCUGCUUUCCUUUCUGUUUUCGUUCCGUCCUGUUUUCUUCUUUGCUUCUCGUUCCGUUCUGUUUUCUUCCCUGCUUCUUUUUUCAUGGCUGAGGCAAAGGCAUGUCCAUUGCCAUCCUUCACGCCACAAGAAGUGGCUGCCGCCUUCGUCAAACAGUACUAUUUUCUGCUCCGUGAUUCUCCAGGAGAUCUUUACAAGUUUUAUCAGGAUUCAAGCGUGGUAAGCCGGGUGGGAUCUGAUGGUGCCAUGACCAGCUUCACAACCAUGGACGAAAUCAAGAAACAGGUCCUCUCUUCCUUGGAUUGUAAGGAAUAUGAUAUUUUUUCUUGUGAUUCUCAAUUCACCGCAAACGGGGGAGUGUUUAUUGUGGUCGUUGGUUGCUUCACUACAAAGAAUGACGAGAUGAGUAAAUUCAAUCAAUCCUUCCUCCUUGCUCCGAUGGAAGGAGUCAAUGGUUACUUUGUCUCCAAUGAUAUUCUGAGAUUUUUUGAUGAGCAAGAAACAAAAACUAUUCCUACCGAAGAUGUCCCAGCUGCUUUUUCAGCUUCAACACCUGAUGAUACUGCAUCAACCAAUGAUGCUCCGGAAGAAGUUGUUCCUAAGAAGAGUUUUCUAUCGGUGGUGAAUGCUCUGAAUGAAAACAACGCUCCCUUUAAGGCGCCGCCAGUGAAAAAAUCUGUUGGCAAAGCACCCCAGGAGUCCAAUCUUGACAGGAAAAAUGGCUUGGAAGGAAAGAAAAACACCACGAAUGUGGAGAAUGUUAAGGGAACAUCUAUUUUUGUUGGGAACUUGGCCAUGGAUUCAAAGCCUGAAGAACUCUAUGAAGCUUUCAAGAGUUUUGGACCAAUCAAACGUAAUGGGGUUCAAGUUAGAACUGAUAAACAGAACAGAUGGUUUGCUUUUAUCCAAUUUGAGUCUUCUGGUUCUGCACAAAGUGCAAUUCAAGCUUCCUUUAUCAGAAUUGGCAAUCGAAAACUGAAUAUCGAAGAGAAAAAACGCAAUGAUUACGAAAAUCGCAAGUUUUCUCAAGAGUCCAUCAAUGGCAAUGCCAAUGGGCGUUAGGAAUUUCAGCGGGCGCAAUGGACCUGCUAAUUGAUAAGAAUUUCCUUUUUUUUUUUUUUUUUUUAUCAUAAAACAUUCAACUUAGUUUAUCUUGUUUUAAGAUUAAACAUUAUGAGAAAUAGAUUUUCAAUUUUGUUUGUUUUACUUUCUUCAAUUCAAAUGCAGGAAUUUUAGAAGUUGUGAAUUUUAAUUUUAUUUUGUCAAAUCCCCAUAAAAUUUGUAUAAAUAAUUUGACAUCACAGCAUGAUA